CGGUCGAUUCGUCUUGUAGCUAUGGAUUUGUUUCAUUGAAUACCAAUAUUUUUUUAACACCGUAAUAUACUGAAAUGAAAGAAACAUAUUGCGGAUUAGUUUUUUCGAACACGACUUUCCAAACUCAUAUGAAGGACAACCUCUGAGGGUUCAUCAUUGAUAUAUAUUGACGUAAAUGACGACAGAGGGCAAUGUGACGUCAUCAACCUCCUCCACGCACGUGUCUUCCUCUUUGCUGUGGUUACCGUAUGUAACGCUUGCAGUCGUUUGCAUCUCAUUCCUUGCCGUGAACUUCUGGUGCUAUCACAGACGGAACCGAAUGCGGUACCGCCGUAAAGCAGACGUGCUGGAGACAAGGGAGCGCGUGCGCGAGCGGCGCGUGAUACUGAACCUCGUGAAGGCAAAGUAUAGGACGUACCUGGUCGAGAACGAUGUUGACGACAAACGCCCUUUGGAAGCACAACUAUGCUUGGUCAACCCUAUGCAUUUCAAUGGGCGAUGGACAAAUGCUCAAUGUUCUCCGGUAAAUGAUGACACAAAGGUUGAUCUUUAGCAAAGAAAAAAACGGGCAGACGACAGACGAUGAAUAUCGGCUUGGGUUUAAACAAGUAUUUAGGUGGCAUUUCAACGGAGUAUAUAUCGUUGCCCUAAUACGAUGGCGAUAUUGUCAUAAAACAAUGUUCUGUUAAUUAUGGAUGCGCUAAAGGGGAAAUAGUUUUUCUUAAAUGGAAUUCAGUCACGCAAACAUCAGCUUAGUUUAUGCUGAUCAAAUGACCUUUAUUGUUCCAUAUCAUGAAAGAGUCCCCUGAGGAUAGAAGCAAAGAACUAUGUUAAAGUGAUAUAUAAGUCGGUUAGUUAGCUCUUAUGAUAUGUUCUUAACAUUGGUUUGUUAUUUGAUCUGUGAUAUAGUACCCACGUGUGCAUUCGUCCAUUUUGUUUGCCUUUUGAUCAGUAUUACAUACACAUGCAAACCAUAUUGUUCGAUUG